CGGACGCUUAAUAUUUAAUUAUUUUUUAUUUCAUAAAAAUUUGUAUUUAUCUUUAAAAAUAUGAAUCGAACCGAAGAGUAUUGCAUAGCUAUUGCACUCGCCCAAGCUAUUAAACAAAAACAACAGAAAAAAAGAAAGCGUCUUUGGAUGAAAGAAUGUUUUAGGAAAAGAAAUCAAUUUACGCAUGAAACACUGCUUAAUGAACUGAAAAUGGGUACGACUGGUGAUUUUGCCAUAGAUGAAGAUUCCUUUGAGGAAAUUUUAACAUUAGUUGGACCUAAAAUACAAAAACAAGAUACACAAAUGCGCGAGGCCAUCUCACCGGCUCAACGUUUAACGAUAACUUUAUAUUAUCUGGCUACAGGCAAAUCAUUUGCAGAUUUAAAAAGUAUUAGCUAUAUAUCGGAACGUGCUAUAGGACGAAUUGUUUUGGAAACAUGCAACGAAAUAAACAAUACAUUAGCUAAUUAUAUAAAGCUGCCGUCCAACAAAGAUGAGUGGAAGAAACAUGCAGCAAACAUUUAUCACAAUUCAAAUUUUCCCAAUUGUUUAGGUGUAAUCAAUGGAAAACACAUACCAAUAAGAAAACCAACAAAAUCUACUGCCUUAAAUUACUAUAACUAUAGAAAAUUCUUUAGCCUAGUCCUAAUGGCAAUAGUAGAUGCAAAUUAUGAAUUCAUAAUGGUGGAUGUUGACACAAAUGGCGCAGUAUGCGAUGGUUAUGGCAAUACAACAUUUGUAAGGACAUUAACUGAAAAUGGAUUAAAUCUACCAAAAUCGGGCAUUUUACCAUCAAGCGAACAGGAAUUACCUUAUGUUUUUGUUGGUGAUAGUGGUUUUCAACUAACCAAUAAUAUCCUAACAUCAUAUUCACAAUUGUAUCUAAGCGAAGAGGAAAGUAUUUACAAUUAUCGUUUUAGCUGCGCCCAACGUAUUGCGGAAAAUGCUUUUAACAUAUUACUUUCACGAUUUAAAGUUUUACAAAGAACAAUUGGUCUAGCACCGGAAAAAGUUCAAAUUAUUAUUUUAACUUGUUGUUAUUUACAUAAUUUUUGGCUGCGAAAGAUGAAGCAGAAUGGUAUUUGUGUAGAAUCAGUUAACUAUCAUCUUUCUACACCGUUGCAAAGAACUCAUUGUAGAAAUGCAACAAGUAGUGCUCAAUUAGUGCGAGAACAAUUUUGCAGUUAUUUUAAUAAUGAAGGCAAAGUCUUGUGGCAAAUUGCAAAUUAAGUAACUACAUAUGUAUGUAUAUUUUCAGAUAAUCACUUCUAUAGUGUAAUCUAUGGUAAACAUUGUCGUCUAUAAUGUAAUCUAUAGUAAAAUAAGUAGAAAAGUAUAGUCGGGCAUGGCCGACCAUAUAAUACCCUACACCAUGAGUAUAUUUUUAAGUUUUUAUUAUUUUUUUUUUUUAUAAAGAAACUUUUAUGUUGAAUAAUA